AUUGCAUUGGUGGGGUACCUUAUAAAUAAAUGCAAACAAUCUCGCUUGAAUCUAGUCGCAAUUCGGAACAAGGUUAACGAAACGACUCUCCAUAUAAACAAAACCUCAUUAGUAAGCUAAAGCUCCUGAACAAGCGUAACAAUGGCAGCAAUUGAUGUCAAAGAAAUUCGUACUCCUUCGUUAACUUCCAGCUCCGAUCCACCUCCCAUUUUUAACGGAGACACCAGGUUGUACAUCAGUUAUACUUGUCCCUACGCACAACGUCCAUGGAUCGCUAGAAAUUAUAAGGGACUUCAAGACAAGAUCGGUUUGGUUGCUAUUGAUCUUCAGAAUAGGCCUGCUUGGUACAAGGAGAAAGUUUAUCCAGAAAACAAGGUGCCAUCGUUGGAGCACAAUGGAAAGGUCUUGGGAGAAAGUCUUGAUUUGGUCAAUUACAUAGAUGUCAACUUUGAAGGAACAGCUCUAGUUCCAAGUGAUCCUGCAAAGAAAGAGUUUGGCGAGCAGUUGAUUUCUCAUGUCGGUACGUUCACCAAAGACGUGUACUCUUCACUGAAAGGCGAUGCUAUAAAAGAAGCCAGUCCUGCCCUUGAUCACUUGGAGAAUGCUCUUGCUAAAUUCGAUGAUGGGCCAUUCUUUCUAGGACAAUUCAGUUGGGUGGAUAUUGCCUAUAUUCCUUUUGUUGAAAGAUUCCAGAUAGUCUUUUCUGAGGUGUUCAAGUAUGAUAUAACAGAGGGAAGGCCUAAACUUGCAGCAUGGAUUGAGGAGCUUAAUAAGAUUGAUGCUUAUACGCAGACAAGGGCUAGUCCAAAUGAAAUUGUUGAUGUUUUCAAGAAACUUUUUCUGCCUCAACAGUGAAAAUGGGUUAUUUGAGAUGUAUACCGCUGUCCGGCCAAUAAAGCAUCGUUUGUGUUUAUGGGAUGCUUCGUCAAUCAAAUGUUGGUUUGUUUGUCUGCUAGAGUUGCAGAUCUAGUUGAAUGUGAUGUUAAUAAUAUUACUAGUUUGAUGAGACUCGUGAUGAAGUUUAUGUACCAGUUUGUGAUAAUAACUAUCACCGUGUGUAUAAAUAAUCGAUCAUCACCGUGAUGAUGAAUGUUUGCAAUGGUGAUAAAUGGUGAAACAUCUCUCUCUAUACUAAAAUUAGCUAAUGUUUGGUAA